CAGCAGCAGCAUCCCCCUGUCUUUACUGUGAUCACCGCCUCCUCCUGCUCAAUGAGGCCCAGGGAGGGGGCGUCAGGCACAGAGAUCACUGUCACACAUACACACAGCACUGUGCCUGGGAACAGACUGAGCUCCAGCCUAGCUUGCUGCAUGUGCAGCCUCCAUCGCUGCUGCUGCUGCUGUUGUUGCUUCCUGGAUCCCACUGACUACAUCAUCCAGCAUGGUCCCUGCCUGCAGCUAGGACAGCAAUGAGCCCAUCACAGCUCCACACUGGCCUACAUGUAGGACCCCCGAUAGCAGAUCGCCGAUGAUCGCUGAUCACUGAAUCUGCACGGCAGUGCUGGCGGAAUGGAGAAUCCGGGAAACAGGCCGUCUGAUGAGUGGGGGCUAUAAAUUGUUACUAUGCCUAAUUUCAGCACACUGACACUCUGCAUCUCUGCCACGAGCUUUGCCGUAUCUCAGCUCCUGUUCUAUUUAGGAAGCUCUUGGCUCUCAACGCGUUUAACUCUUGGCUUCAGUAAGCUCAGUGCAAAGCAGAAGAUUGAAUGGAAUUCCAGGACUGUAUCAACAUUCCAUGCGCUGGUGGUCGGAUGUUUCUGCUUGUAUAUUUUAGUGUAUGAUGAUGCUGUCAAUGAGGACCCAGUUUGGGGAGACCCUUACAUGGUCAAGUUAAAUGUUGCAAUCACCUCAGGCUACCUCAUCUCAGACUUGUUGCUUAUAAUUUAUUACUGGAAGGCGAUCGGCGAUAAAUAUUUUGUGACCCAUCAUGUGGCAGCUCUGUAUGCUUACUACUAUGUACUGGGUGAAGGAAUGUUGCCAUAUUUUGGUAAUUUCCGUCUCUUAGCCGAAUUCUCCACACCCUUUGUCAAUCAGCGGUGGUUCUUUGAAGUUUUGGGAUACCCCAAGCAUACUCUGCCUAACAUGUUAAAUGGAGUCCUGAUGACCGUCGUCUUCUUCAUUGUCAGAAUAGCAGUCAUACCCACUUACUAUGGGCGUGUCUUCUCCACCUUUGGGACGGAGGCAUUUCACAGACUGGGUCUAGGUGCACAGUGUGCCUGGAUAAUCUCCAGCAUCUCCCUGGAUAUAAUGAACGUCAUGUGGAUGAUGAAAAUUACAAAGGGAUGCUACAAAGUCCUCUAUCACACUGAUGGGAUAUUGACCAAAACGCAGAAAAAUGGGAAAGCUGAAUAGAAGUAACAUAUUUUCUUGUGUCUUCCAUCCAUCAACCCGCAUGUCUCUUUAUUUUCCCUCUGACAUAAAAUGCAUUUUAAUUUAAUGAACUUCCAUUAUUACCUCUUUGUAAUGUCCAUCUUGUACCCUGAGCUUCCACUAACUCACUAGUCCAAGAGUGAGAGAAGAUUUUUUUCCGUUUAGAUAUUCCAGGUUGUUAAUCAGCAGCAAGCUUUAGGUCUGAUUUACUAAGCAUCCUGUAAUACUGGUAUGCUGAUAUAAGGAUACAGGUCUUUUUAAAAGAGCGACAGGAAACACAUCGCCCAUUUGACAGAUCUUCUUGGCUUGGCUUUAUUAAACAAAGCAAGUUUCAUAUUCAGCUAGCAGAAUUAACUAAAAUGAAUGCCCAAAAGAGUGAAUAUUUACCUCCUGUGCUUGCAGAUCAUUGGAAAGGAAUUGGUGGGUAGAACUAAAGGGACCUUCUAUCCUUGAAUACAGAGAGAUGCUUAAGUCAUACUUGACAACUCUACCGGAAUGUCUGUGAGACUCCAGAACUUCUGUCAAGACCCACAGAGAAGAGUUGGGCACUUCCUAGUGAAAUAGGUUGGAUGAGUGGCAAUAUGACACAAUUCUCAGUGAAACGCAUCAUCAUAGCCCCUGUAUGUGAGGCCUCAAUUUGCAACAUGAGGGCAGGGCCAAAUGACCCCAUUGACCACCUCUCACCUCCACAGUGACCACCUUCACCGCUCUUCUGUGGAAGUGUCCUGGAGGGGAUUUUAAUAAUAUUGACAAGUAUGCCUUAAUCAAAAAUAAUUGGAUGCAGUAGUUUUUUAGUAGGGUCACAGUGUAGGCACCACUUUGCUCAGACAUAUUCCUAGUGCUAACCUCACAAAUGUUCCAUGGAUCUCACUUCUUUCCAUUUAUACUGACAGUAUUAAAGUCAUGUCUAGAACCUGUUCUAUGGUUCCCAUGGGCCCUUCACCCACAUUUAGUCAAUUUCACCAUUGUAAGAGCAUUACACAGCGCAUGUCAGGCAUAUGUUAUCCACAUACAGUGGGGCAAAAAAGUAUUUGGACAGCAACCGAUUGUGCAAGU